AUGGAGAACAUGUCCGAUGAACCAGCUGGUCUAAGCGAAUCUCUCUGUAGCUCUGAAGCUAGUUUUUCUGAAAGCAAUUCAGAAAUGUCUUCAGCUAAAGAUUCAAUGAUAGAAAAAGGGUACCAAAAGUAUUUUGAAAGUGAUGGUGAGAUUGGAUAUAUGAUAUGAGCACAAGUUUCAUGUUAUAUUAUCUAGCUUUAGUCUUUACAAACACAUUAGUCAUAUUAAGGUUACAUCAUUUGAUAAAACAUUAUUUUAUAAUCAUUCAUCAUUCAGGGAUGCAUAUUAUCAAACAUGGAGAUAUAGGUCAACCGAAAAUGGAAUUUUAAACAUGAUCAACUCAGGCAAACUGUGGACAACACCACCUGCCAAGGAACAAUAUCUCCGAAAAUAUUUAAAAGAGCUAUGUGAUGAAUACCAAUGUGAAGAAAAUGGCUUGUAUGGUAUUUCCAGUUCAGGUAUCGGUUGGUAUAUAAACUUACAUUGAUUCAGUACACUGUAUCAUGCAGAUGCAACAAUUUGUUGAUGGAAACCAAAUAAUUGUCUCGUUUUUACGAUUAUUUAAUAAUAAUAAUAAUCUUUAUUUAAACUGUGAGACCCAUUCAGCUAAUUAAUGCUGGUCUUACCCAGGUGAACAGUAUUUACAGUUAUGGAAUACUUACAUAUAUAUAUAUGUUUAUAUACAAUAUUACAAUAAUCAGUAAAAAUUACAAACUACACCUAUGUGUAGAAUUGUCUAAUUCUAAAAAAUGUUUAAAAGCAUUGUUUUUAAAGCUGCCGAGAACUUUAAUAUCUCAUAUAACAUAGUUUGCCCUAGUGAGGUGUUUACUCUAGGUAUAUCUGUCAAAGUUUGGUCACAGAGGGAUUUUUCUCUUAAUGAGCUUCUUAAGACCAGAUAAUUGUUAAGAUACUUAGGAAUGUCCAUAUUAUUGACAAUUUUAAAAACUAGAUGCAUGUGACGCAUGGUUUGUUAUAAAUGCAUGUGACGCAAGGUUUGUUAUAUACAUGCUACGGGUGGGGGUGUGACACCCCCCACCCCCAGCAAUUCUAUUCCAAGCUUCAGUUGGCAGGACUGCUAUUUCAGUCGGCAGACAAAAAUAUUUUUGAUGAAUAAAGCUACCACCGAUAUGAUUUUCACCUGUUAUAUAAGAAACCGAAAUUUUGGUUACACGAAAUUUACUCAUAAUCAUUAUAAUCGGUUAGUAAAACAAGCCCAGAUUGACAGUCAAACCACAUAGCAAUACAAAGUAUAUGUAGCAUGUUUGAUAGGUACAACCGCUGAACACAAUAUAUUGCUGCCAAAACCUCAAUUAUCAAAUAUGGUGAUUUAGAAUACAUACUGGAUUUGUAUUGGAGUGACAUCAAUUUAAGGUGUUUUCCAGUCUUGUCUGCUAUUACAACUUUUCAUAUAUGAAGUUUUUGUUUAAUUAUGUUAUAUUAUCAGAAUUUUAAGUGCCAAAUUCACCUCAAGUAAAAUUUGAUGUCGCUCCGAUGCGAAUCCGGUAUCCUGUAACUGGGGCCUAGGAGUCGUCUAUUAAGAAACGUUUUAAUAGCAACUAGUAAAUUUGAUUGCAUUUCCGGGGUUUUGGGAGGUCUCAGAUUUCAAAAUUUCCGGGGGGUAGCAUUCUGGACCCCCCUGAGAAACUCACACCUUCAACAUUCGCUAUAGCCCCCUUAAUCCAAAAAUGGCUCUGUAGUUGACCUCCAUCGGAAAUUCCACAAGCUUCCAUGGCUAGCAGGUGGUCGGUGCAAGCUUGUUGGUCAGUCGGUUAAAAUGACCUUACACCCCCCUGAAAAAUUUCCUGGGGACGGCCCUGUAUACACGCAUAUAUGCUUAUCACUUAUUUACUGAGACCAAGGGUGAGGGAAACCAUGUGUUUUGUGGACCCAAGACCGCCAUUGCUCAAGGGGCCACAAAACACACAGCUUUCCCAACGUCUCGGUAAAUAAGUGUUUUGUUAUAUAAGUGUCAAAGUUUCAGGUCACCCUUGAAAAUGGUGUUGCUAUGUGGCUAAACAAGGAUGAAUCACCUUACCAUAGCCUUGGAGGUUGUGAUAUUGUUUUAACCUAUUUUGAUACAAAAGGUAUUAUUAAAUUUCUAAAAUUUUAAUUGACAAAGUUGUUAAAAAAUACACAAUUAACAAUGAACAAUGUGAUGUUUAUUAUUUAUCUAGGUUUCGACUAUAUAUUUAAUGCACCAUUCCUCUAGCUACAUCUUUUUCGAAGCUACCGUUGUUGUGUAUAUUUUGUUAAAAUACUUAAUUAAUAGUGUGUGAACAUAGAGAAGUUUGUUUACCGAGCGAAUGUUUGGCAAUAUAAAUUAUUUCUUGUCGUCUCAUUAUGAUAUAAUUAUCACUCAUUUACUGAGAGCGAGGGAAACAGUAUAUUUUUUGUUUUGAUAUAUAGUAUAUGGUAUAAGUGUCAAAGUAUGAAUAAUUCACCAGUUAUUGGAGUGAACUUUGAAACCAAAACGAAAUAAGUGGAGCGCUGUAAAUGUUUAAUAAAAAAGUUACUAUAUAACUUUAAUACAGUUACGUUAUAUAACAGUAACUAUAUAACAAUCAACCUUGUAACCUUGUUAUAUAGUUCAUGUCAAAGUUCAAUUUCUAUGUUUGCUGUUUGGUCAACCGGCCCACAAUGAAACAAUUAUUGACCGUUCAAUAAGGCCAAAUAAAAAAAACUUGGUUAGCGUCAAUGUAAGUCGCCAAUGUAAAUCUCUUCGUUUUACAGCUUAAAACAGUUUAAUAUUUGAAAAUUUUCUCAUGUUCAGACCUUCGCGCUAUAUAUUGAUCGAUAGGAGGGUGUAGGCUUGGGUAUACAAGGUUCUUAAAGCAAAAUGGCGGCCUUUGCAACAUCAGUACAAAAAAUAUCACCAAUAUGGUGGGAAAACCACCCCCAUCCCCCCAAAAAAUACUAUUAAAAAAUUAUAAAACGAGUAAAAAUUUUUUAAAAACCCACCCGCCCGCCUCUGAAAAUUUGUGAGAGUGUGACGCUAACCAAGUAUUUUUUUUAUUUGGCCUAAUAUUAUGGGUGCAGUGCACAUAUGCAUCAACCGUGAAGUUCCAAAGUUCAUUUUAUUAACCAUUUAUGGCGUUCCAUUUAUCCUGUUUUGGUUUCAAAUUAAGUUCACUCCAAUAACCAUACUUUGACACUUAUAUACCAUAUAACAAAACACUUAUUUACUCAACCUUGGGAAAGCAGUGUAUUUUGUGGGCCCACAACCAUCGUUGUUGCCCCCGGGCAACAACGGGGGUCUUGGGUCUACAAAAUACACUGUUUCCCUCAGCCUCAGUAAAUAAGUGAUAAUGAUAUCCGUUAUACAUCAACUUCUCAAAUAUUUGAACAUAUUUUAUUUGUAUUUCAGUAAUAAAUUAUCACUUCCUGCAAUAUUUAGCAACAUCGCCUGGACAUCCGAUAAUAUACUAAAAUGCAUGUUACAUCUUCUCAAAUGAUUUGCCCAAAUAGUUGUCUAUGCACCAUAUGGCUAUGGUGAAAGUAUAUUUUCACAAUGUAUAUAUUAUCAAAAAUUGCAGCUGAUAUUUUCUUUGUUUUUAAUUAUCAGCAUAGUUAAGUAAAUGUGAUAUUUAAAAAUGAUUGAGAUUGUGAAAAAUACAGAUGUCAUAAUUAUAGCCUGACAAUUUUCAUUUAAUAGACAAUUUGGAUCAGGGUGCCAGCCUGUGGCAAAUGGUGGAAAUCCAAAAAAUAUGUUGGUGUAAAUUUUCGCUCCAAUUUACUUCUGCUUGGCGGACUUGGACUGGCUGUGCAUUAUGAACAGUUGUCCACUAUGUACAUUGAUCAUGGCAUAUUGUCAUCCACUGCAGUGAAAGCAAUGAUGACAAGAUGAAAACAAGACUGGAGGUAAAUAUAGAUAUGUAAUACAGCUAUUUUAAUUCAGUAUUUUACCAUUGUUUUUCAAGUCAUACAUUUUACCGUUUUAGAUUGCUCACAUGUGAGUGCCAUGGCCACAUUAAGUUGUCCGAGCUUGCCAUUCUGGCGGGACGAUGUUGUAGAUAUGUCUGUACUAGAAAAGGUUACUGUUGAUGCUUUCAAUGAGGUAAGGAAUAAAUUACUACUAGAAAUACAUGCAUGCAGUAACCCCUCGCCAAUAUUUCCAUAUAUUAAACAUGAAGUAUUCAGAAAUGACCAGCACUGAACGCAGGCUCGCGCUCAAGUGUUGCCAUGACAACACAAUAUUCUUAAAUUUUUAUUUUCAUAUAUUUUGUACAAAACUGCGAAAUAGUUGAAAGAUUCGUAAUUUUAACUAUACAACAAUAAAUUUCCGAAAUAUAUACUGUAGGUAUAUUAUUUUGCAUUUUGUGAGCUUUGAUCUAAUGUAAAAUUUAACUUGAAACGCUUCGUAAAAUGUUUUGAAAUGUUCAUUCAAGUAAACUACAUUUUGCCGAUAAACUGUUUUUACUUAACACGAUAAGAUAAAACAUGAUAAGUUUAAUACAAAUAAAACAAAAUUAAUUGUUAGGUAAUUUCAGUUCAGUCUUCAAAUCAAUUUGUUCGCCUUUACAUUAUUUUAAGAUUUUUUCUCAAAUUAAACGGUAAUUUAUGAAACUUAGAGCUUCUAUAGUUCAUAUUUUUUAUUACGUAAAAAGUUAAAGCAACAAAAUUCGGCGUAAACAUUUUAAAAAUAUUCAAAGCAAACUUGUCGUAUAUUUCCCGAUUUCCCGAUAAACCAAUUCUUCUCAUUUCUUCAAACAAAAUUGCUUCAAGCUUGUUGUACCGGGUGGCCCAAAAAAAAGUACUCCUGUUUGAUUCGUAAUAACAUCUAAACAAGUAUAGCUUUUAAAGAGAAAUAACUUGCAUCAAAUAGAGGAAGGACUAACUUAGACUUUGAUAUAUUACAGUUGUAUUUCACUUAAAAAUUCACGGAGAUAUUAAUCUUUAAAUUCGGGAGGAUAUUUCUGGAUGUGUCUGAAAUAUGCAAAAAUCGGCGUAUCAAAUAUUAAUCAAGAUUUGCCCGACUGAAACAUGCACUAUUACCAGUAAAUAAAUGACACUUGACAAAUUGUUUAUUAUGAAACAAAGUAUUAUUACAUCUAUUAAUCCUGCUCUAACCGAGAAAUAAUCAACUUUGUUUUGAACCCAUGAAAAACAUAAAAAAAUAGGUUAUUUAAGAAAAAUUGAAGCGCCUGCCUUGCAUGGUCUUUCAGUACCUUAAGUUUGCAAAGACCUAUUAAAUACUUACAUAAUUUCGAACGUUCAUAUUUCAGGAAACAAUAAGUUAAGACUUACAUGUAAGAUGUUUAAAUCUACGCCAUAUCCCUUACAAACCCUAACGACAAUUCGCUGAAAUACAAUUUACCCUGAUAUGUCAUUAAGCAAACAAACGCUGGAGUGAAAAUUUGAUACGCCGAUUUUCGCUAAUUUUAGACACAUCCCAAAAUAUGCUCCCGAUUUUUAACAUUAAUAUCUCCGUGAAUUUUUAAGUAAAAUACAACUGUAACAUAUCAAAAUCUAAGUUAGUCCUUCCUCUAUUUAAUGCAAGUUAUUUCUGUUUGAUAGCUUUACUUGUUUAGAAGUUAUUAUAAAUCAAACAGGAGUACUUUUUUUUGGGCCACCCGGUAUAUGAAAUGAUUUUCCUAAUGAUGUCUUUUAAAAUUGAAAUCUUGCUUGCCAUAUUUUUGAGAUAAGUCAAAGUGAGGAUGACCACCCACUCAAGAUCGUCGCUUGUUGCUUAGCACCCACGAUGAUUGAUGAACUUUAGACUUCACUAAUGCUUUUGUUUCCCCGGGUGUAAAUAGCCGGGGGGAAUUAGUACCCUCGCACAGUGCUUCACACCGUCGGCUUGGGGAUUACCAAAUUCAUUUCAUACAAUCCAGCAGUAUAAUAAAUUUUUAUGACUUUAAAUAUGGAUGAAAAAUUAAAACUUUGAUCCAUAUAACCUUUCAGUCCAAACAGAAAAAGAAUAGAGGGAAGGAAAGUUGUGCCACCCCAAGCACAGUUCCAAUUUGCACAAUGAAUCCAUCGACAAUUGGAAGAGUGCUGGUAAAUGAUAAGGAAAGGAUGUUGCGGUAA